AUGAAUUAUUCCAUGGAGAAAUUGACUCUGGUGUACAUGGAUGAGAUCGUAAGGCUACAUGGAGUUCCUGUGAACAUUGUUUCAGAUAGAGAUCCCCGCUUCCAACAGUUACCAUUCGUCGAUUCAAAUGGAACCGUACGAAGCACCAUACGGGAGGAAGUGCCAGUCACCAAUCUAUUGGGACGAAAUCGGCGAGAGGAAAGUUCUAGAUCCAACGGCUAUUCCAUGGAUAGAGGAGGCACGAGAAAAAGUCAAGUUAAUAUGACAAAGAGUCCAAACAGCGCAAAGCCGACAAAAGAGCUAUGCGGACAAUCGACGAAAGACUUGGAGCUUGAAGUUAGGGAUCGCGUUUUCCUCAAGGUCACACCGUUACGGAACAUCAUGACGGGUAAAGGAAAGAAAUUUCAACCAAAGUUCGUCGGACCCUUCAAGAUCCUCCAGAGGGUUGGUAAAGUAGCGUAUCGGUUAGAACUACCGUCAAGUCUAUCCAGAAUUCACGAUGUCUUCCACGUCUCGAUGCUUACGAAGUGUUAUCCCGACCCGUCUCACAUCUUACAACCGGAGGAAAUUGAAAUAGAUGAAUCCCUCACUUACAAAGAAAAACCUGUACAGCUGUUUGACCGAAAAGUGAAGGAGCUGAGAAACAAACAGAUUUCUUUGGUUAAGAUCUUAUGGAGAAAUCAUGGCGUAGAAGAAGCUACCAGGGAGGUGGAAGAAGAAAUGCACAAGAAAUAG